AUGCAGAACCUCUCGUAUCUGAAUCCAAAUUCCAUCUCCCAUUGGGCCGCGGCACCCGAGGUCUGUUGGACCAAGUACUAUUUGCCCGAUGGGUACUCGGAGAAGAGCGACGUGUGGUCGGUCGGGAUCACGGCCCUUGAGCUGGCGUACGGGGCCGUUAAGGUGACGAGCAGGCAGGAGCUCGAUAGGAUGGUCAGGGAGAUUAGCGCGAAGGGGAGGCUCCCGAGGAGGUCAGAUGAGAUGAUGAACUUUUCCGGGAGGAUCACGAGCGAGGAUUCUAAGUACAGUAAGGUGUACUCGAGAUGGUUCGAGUGCAUGGUGGUCGGCUGUCUGCAUAGGAAUCCGAGCAAGAGGCCUAGCGUAAUUGAGCUUCUCCGGUGUGGGGUGUUCAAUUUUCUAGACAAGAGCAGCGCGUAUAGGCAUCAAGCUUUCGACUUGUUGAGGAGUUGA